AUUCUGUUCUCCUUUCAUUCUUCAAAAUGCUGUAUAUGGUCAAAAAAAAAAGUACAGAUAGUAGGUUCCUUCCCAAAAAGUCACAAAUGGUCACAAUAGUCACAAAAAAGUCAAAAAAAGUCACAAAAAGGUCAAAAAUAGUAAAGUGUUGAUUUCCUGAUGAAUCUGCUCUCCACACCACUUGACUAUGAAAACCACUUUACCACAUACAUAGUCCUGACUCGCAGAUCCCGCGUAGAUUGACAAUCUGCCAGGUCGUCUGCUGCAAUCAUCAUGUCAAUCACUUAUGGAUAUGAACUUUCUUCGAAUGACGACCCUUUUGUGAUCAGCAUCGGACAUCUAGUGGAACUGAUGAUAAACGCACUGACUUCGGAACGUGCAACUUUACUUGAUACUAUUCCCCUCUUGAAAUACAUCCCACCUUGGCUUCCCGGCGGAGAGUUCAAAAAGCAAGCAGAGGAGUGCCGCGCCGUUGCACGAGUGGUACUGGACGAUCCUGUAAAGUAUGCGCAGGUUAGAAUGGUCGCUGGUACGGCAACGACAUCUUUUGUGAAUGACUCAUUCGAGAUGGAAACUGGAAAGGACUUGACGGUCUCCAAGGGCAAAGCUGUCAGGGCAGUAGCAGCUACUGUAUUCCUUGCCGGAGCAGAAACGACAUCAUCCACACUCCUAAUCUUCCUCCUUGCUAUGAUGUUACAUCCGGAGACGCAGGUCAGAGCUCAGGAAGAAAUCGAUCGCGUGGUUGGAGAUACCCGUCUGCCCUAGUUCAGGGAUAGGGAGAAUCUUCCUUACGUUGAGGCUGUACUUUUAGAGACCCUGCGAUGGCACCCCGUUCUCCCCUUGAUGCUUCCACAUAUGACAACGACCGCCGACUUGUUUCGCGGUAUGUAUAUCCCAAAGGACAAGUUACGACGCUCCUUAGCCACACUGCAUCUCACUCAACUUCAAUC